AUGGACGAAUUCGUGCUCCAGUUCCUCUCCAAGGUUCGGCGCUCCAUGCUGGCGGCGCGACGAACUUGUCCUAUCGCUACCGAUUUCGAGACCGCCAUCGACGUCCUCGACAUUCCUCGCCCCGACGACCAGCUCGCCCCAUAUCAGACUGAACCCCCCAUCAACCCUCCUUUACUGCCAACACCGCCUCCUGAAGAUGAAUUCCACAACCCCCUCGAACUUCCUGCGUCGUACCUCGGCCCCGGCUUAGACAGCCACGGCGAGCUGAAGCGAUUCUUAGAAGCAACGAGAGGUUUGCCCGAGCUACCGUCUGCACAUACCUAUAGAGGGACACCUGUCUACCCGGACCGACCGGUUGAUAUUAGAAAGAUGAGAGAACUGGCGACCCAAGAGGGGAAGCUUGGCGAACAGGCGUUGCGUAAACUGGCCGGGGCCGUCAAACUGGAUGCUACCCAUCCCCUCGAGACGACGGAGGUCAGAUCUUCCAUGCCGAAAGCUCCCCCGAUCAUCCGCCGUAAGAAGUGGAAGACCGGGGUUGAUUUGUCGGAAGAGGCUGUUUUCGAAGAGACGCUGCGCGACUUGCUGAGCAAGGAACGUGGCGGCUUCGAGCUGGGACCGAUCGUCAACUGCGAGAAGGCAUACCGAAUGCCGGAAGAAUCGAUGGUUAAAAGGCGGGCACAUGUCGACAGUUCUCAUCCUGAAAAGCAGGGCAGCAGCUCAGGACAGGAUGGAGGCGAUGUGGACAUGCAGCUUUGA